AUGGCUACUCCACUACCCACUCCAGCACGACGGUUCCGCACCGCAAUCACAACGGCGACCAUGCUCAAGCGCUGGAAGCGCUCAGCCGGCGUCCACACACCACCCUCGUUAUCCACACAGCAUCUCUCACCAUACACCACACCCCUUGCAACCCCUUCUCCAUCGAGCCCGGCAUCAUGGCACAGCGCUCUCGACACAGUCCUAACCAAAGACGUCUGGCUGUGCCGUAAGCCGAGCCCAAGCACCAGCUCUCGCCCGACCAGUAUUCGGACGAGCGUCGUCGUAGACCGCUGCGUCGAUGACGGCCAGAUCCUGUCGAUUGCGGCGCACCGUGAACCCGCUGAUCGAUCGCCUCGAGGAUCGCCACACGGAAGCCGGCGCGGGUCGCGUGACAGGGACGCCGUCGUCGUGUAG